AUGGGUUGUUUUUGUUCAACUUCAACUUCAAAGAAAGUUAAAACGCCGGGUUAUGAGGAUCCAACCGUUCUUGCUUCUGAGACACCUUGUGAGUAUCCAUCAUCAUCAUUAACUGUUUCUGUGAGCGAAGUAGAUGCAUUAUAUGAACUCUAUUUGAAGUUAAGCAAUUCCAUUAUUGAAGAUGGUCUUAUUCAUAAGGAAGAAUUUCAGCUAGCACUGUUCAGAAAUGAAAACCAGAAGAAUCUGUUUUCUGACAGGAUUUUUGACUUAUUUGAUGUAAAGCGCAACGGGGUUAUUGAGUUUGGUGAAUUUGUUAGAUCUCUGGGUGUUUUUCAUCCAAAAGCACCUUUAGAAGACAAAAUUGCAUUUGCUUUUAGGGUGUAUGAUUUGAGGGAAACAGGAUAUAUUGAAAAAGAGGAGUUAAAGGAAAUGGUGUUGGCGCUUUUGCAUGAAUCAGAUCUUUAUCUUUCAGAUGAGAUGAUAGAAUCAAUUGUGGAUAAGACAUUUGAAGAUGCUGAUACAAAAGAGGAUGGAAGGAUUGAUAAAGAUGAGUGGAAAGCUUUUGUUUGUCAGCAUCCAUCUUUGAUUAAGAACAUGACUCUUCCAUAUCUAAAGGAUAUUACUAUGGCAUUUCCGAGUUUUAUUGCAAGAACAGAAGUUGAAGAAACAGAGGUGUGA